CACAAGGGGGACAUCGCCACUACCUUGUACUCUCCCCCCAAGAAAAGCUCCGCAGUGGAAGAGAGAAGACCAUGGCCAUGCUGAAGAUCUCCUCUUUCCUUGCUGUCUAUGCCUUGGUGAUGUGCCAGAUGGAGAGCUACCAGGCAGUCCCACUCAGGCCCGGCUUGGAGCCCGUGACGGACCGAGGGGCGCUGGGCGACUACGAGGCCCGUCGGCUCCUGAACGCGCUGGUGAAGGAGUACGUCCAGAUGACGGCCGAGGAGCUGGAGGAGGCCAGCCAAGGGCACAGCUUGGAUAGACCUCUUGCCAAACGCUGUGCCAACCUGAGUACUUGUGUCUUGGGCAAGUUGUCUCAAGAGCUCCACAAACUGCACACUUACCCUCGCACCGACGUCGGGGCUGGGACGCCUGGCAAGAAGCGGAAUGUCUUGACGGAGCUGGAGAGCGAGCGGUUUGCAAACUACGAGGAAGCCCUCGGGGACAACUAGAUCGCCUCCUCCCUGGCCCUCUCCUCCCUUCCCCCGACCCCCCUUUUUAACAACAAC